UUUUACUCCAUUUAGAGAUUUGGAUUUGGAAGCUGUGGCCACCAAAGAAACUGAAGAGUCAAAACAGGGAACUCACUCACAGUGGCUGGAAGAGAGACAAAGAGUGACGAGGAAGGAGCAUACGACUACACAGAAGUGGACAACAGUGCCAGAUCAUAUCAAGUCCAGGCAGAGUCCCAACUCCCGACGACACACCCACCAUUCUGCGCACACACUAAACACACAUUCAAGGUCGCACCAACACACACACGCACGCGCGUGCACACACUCAAAACAACAAUUCCUCAGCGAUGCCAAGAGGGCCUGCUCAGCUUGCUGCCUGCUCUGACAAGCGCCGCCCCCUCCCCUCCGACCCCUGAGGCCGACCCUCUUGAGCUGUGACCCUUCUGACCCAACCCCGUCGCCCUGGGAACGAGAGGUCCGUUCUCCUCCCAGCCGCCAGGGGGCGCCCUCGCGCAGACCCGGGAGCGAGCCGCUCUUAAAAACAUGGCUCCCAUUCGGGACUCCGUCAGCCACUCCCCUAAUCAAACAGGUCUGGAGCACCCCGGCCUGGACUCUCAGUAUGAGCCGUCCCCCUGGUCGACUGGCUCUCCCUGCGGCGGCGACGGCAACAGCAACUGGGACGCGGUCCUAGUGGAGGGCAGCGCCGACAAGCCCAGCAACCUCUCCUCCACCAACUCGUCCGUCUGGCCCUCCUCCUCCUCCUCCUCCUCCUCCUCGGGCUGCGGCUCGGGGUCGGACCCCGAGCUGGCGUCGGAAUGCAUGGACGCCGACUCUAGCUCCCCGCUGGGCUCCGAGAGGAACCUCGCCGCCGUCUCCACGACGACGGCGGCCAUGAUGUCACUGGCCAACGCCUCCGCCGCGUCGUCCUCCUCCUCCGCCGCCGCCCCCUCCUCCUCCGUGACCACCGCCGCGGCGAGCGCGCUGGUCAACGGCGACGGCAACGCCAACAGCCGGCAGACCUCGGGCGGCGCCCACAACGGAAACAGCAGCAACCUGUGCGGCCCCUCCUCCCACUACUCCAUGGCCGGCGUCGGCAGCAAUAACGCCGUCGGCGGCGGCCUGGGCAACGGCGGCAACAGGCUCGUCGGGAGCAGCGUGUGGGGGGCGCAGCCCGCCGGGAACCCUUCCGGCGGCGGCGGCGGCGGCGGCCUGAACCCCAGCACUUUGAACCCCCUCGCCAACCACGGUGCCUGGCCCCGCAGCCCCACCCCGAACCCGGCGCCGUGCCCGGGCCAGCGGCCGCCUCAGGCCCCGGGCGCCGCCUCCUCCAAAUCAGGCGCCGCGCCUCCCCACGACGGCUGGGGCGACAUGCCGGCUCAAGGAGCCUGCGGCCCGACGGACGAGGGGCAGGGCGCUCGCGGGACGGCGGCGGGCGGCGGCGGCGGUGAUGGCCAGCAGCCCCCCCACCCUCACACUGAAUCCAACGGACCAAAUAACACUAUGAUGUUGAAUACUACUACCACCACGACUACUAACGCAACAGGAACCUCUAGUCUACCAAACUCUACCGGCGCCGGCCCCCCGGCCCCCCACGGAGAGACGGCGCGGGGUCCCGGGGCCUUCGCUACGCCCUGGGGCGCCCCCGCCCACCCGGGAGACAAGGGUCCCGCCGGCCCGGACACUGUGAACCCCCAACACCAGGCCGGGCCCCCCGCCGCUCACAAGAGUUACCACCCCGCCGGGGCCCCCCGCUGGGAGCAGGGGCCCGGCGGCAACCCCGCCCCCGUCCCGAGCGGCAUGCCCUGGGGGAGCGCUUCCAGCCCGGCGGGACAGGGCCCCCGGCCCUGGGGCGGCGGCGCCUCGUCCUCGUCCUCGUCCUCCUCCACCUCCUCCGGCUCCCACAGCAAGACCACCCACGGUGAGUGGGGCGCCAUGCCCCCCGGGAACAACCACGCCGCCACCGCCGCCGACGCCGGCGUCCGCAAGGCCAGCGCCUCCAACAACGGCUGGAAGAGCCUGGAGGACGACGCCCUGGGCGUGGGCGGCGGGGGCCCCCCCGCCGCCCCGGCGCCCGGCGCCUGGGGCCGCUCCGGCGGCAGCGAGGGCAGCGGCGAGAGCUCCGGGGGCCGCUCCGGCAGCGACAAGGACGGCCAGCCCCGGGGCCCCAACCGGCGGAGGCCCCCCCCUCCGGCCGCGGCCCCGCCGGCCCCCCCGGCCCGCGCCGACGUGGACCCCCGGGUGCUGUCCAACACGGGCUGGGGCCAGACGCCCGUGCGCCAGAACACCACGUGGGACGUCAACUCCCCCGCCAGCCACCCGCCGCCCGGCCCCCGCGGGGAGGACAGGAAGCCCGGCGGCGGGGGGUCCGGGUGGGCCGGGGGGCAGCCAGCGGCCCCCUCCCAGACCAGCUCCGGAGGUUGGAGGGAGGGACCCGGGAACUCGGGCCCAGACAAGGGGGGCCCGGGCUGGGGAGAACCCAGGCCCAACCCCGGCUGGGACAACAACAACAAGGGCGGAGGCGGCGGAGGCCACGGCGGGCGGGAUGACGCCUCGAGCUACAAAGGGGGCGGCGGCAACACCUGGAGCAACAACGCCAACCGCGACGACAGGUCCAACACCUGGACGAACGCGCCCAAGCAGCCCCGGCAGCAGCAGCAGCAGCAGCAGCAGCAGCAGCAGGGCUGGGGGGGCUGCGGAGGAGGUGGAGGCGAGGGCUGGGGCAACGGAGGUGGGGGCGACUCCUCCUCUUCCUCCUCCUCCUACCGGGGAGGGAGCAACAACCACUGGGGAGACGCCCAGAAGGGAGGCGGCGGCGGCGGCGGGGCCUGGGACGGCGACAGCGACCGCUCGGGCUCCGGCUGCUGGAGCGACCCUAGCCGCGCCAACGCCAACGCCAACGCCGGCGGCGGCGGGAACACGUGGACCGGGAGCAGCGGGGCCAACACGCAAGACCAGGGCAACCACAACCAGGGCUCCAGCAGCUGGGGAGACCCCGCCGGCCCCAAGCCCGCCCCUCAGGGUAGGGGCCAGGGCUGGGGGGAGCCGCAGAAGCACCACCACGGGAACCAGAGCUGGGGCGAACCGCCUCCCAAGACCUCCAACCCCUCCAACGAGUGGGGCAAGGGCCCCGAGCCCGUGGCCAGAGGAGGCCAGGGCCCCACCAAGCCCACCGGCUGGAUGGGCGGUCCCAUACCCGCGGGCUGCCAGAGGGAGAAGGAGGAGCCGGCGGCGACCUCUGGGUCCGGCUGGGAGGAGCCCUCCCCGGAGUCCAUCCGGCGCAGGAUGGAGAUAGACGACGGCACCGCUGCCUGGGGGGAGCCAGGGAGGAACCCAGGCAAAUACAACGCGGGCGGACCUUCAAACACGUGGAACAAGAACAGCCAAUCAGAGCAAGAGCCUAUGUCUCAUGGCCCGCCCCCAGGACACCAGCUGCACCAAUCACAGGGGCCGAUCCAUGCCCCUCAGCCGAUGCAGACUCAAGCCCCGGAAAAGACCUCUAGUGCUGGCUGGGGCGAGUACCCCGCGCACAAGGAGCCCUCCUCGUGGGGGGAGACCCCCGCCCCAGCGCCCUCUGUGUCCGUGGACAACGGCACGUCGGCCUGGGGUAAGCCCGUGGACAGCGGCGUCGGCAAGAACGGCGGCGGCGGCGGUGGCGCCCCCAACUGGGGGGAGGAGCACGCGCGGGACCAGCCCAGCGGCAGAGAGCCCGGCCCAGGCUGGGGGGGCGGCGGCGGCCAGCAGCAGAAGCCAGGCGUGAAGCCCAUGGAGACGUGGGGAGGAGACGACCAGUCCUCCAGCUGGGACCAGGAGGAGGAGGUGGAGAUCGGCAUGUGGAGCAACACGGGCGGCCAGCAGGACAGUCGCUCCCACGACCACAACACCUGGAACUACAAGCAGAAGGGCCCCAACAAGAUGCACAAGUCGGUGAGCAAGCAGGACGAGCCGUGGAUGAAGCCCUUCACCAACCAGUUCAACAACAUGAACUUUCCCAGAGACUCUCCUGACGACUCCAUGAAGCCGGGCGGCGGGGGCAUGGGGCAGGACAAGCGCAUGGACACGGGCCCCAUGGGCGACUACAACGGCAUGAUGGGCAAGGGCCACGGCCCGCGCCACCAGCUCCACAAGGACCCCCCCAUCGACCGGGGCCCGUACUACGACAAGAAUGUUAACCCCAUGCUAGGCGGCAGCAACCUAGCCCAGGGUCGCGGGCCCCAGCUCCCCCCCCAAACCAACCUCCGUAACCAAGUGCCUCCACCCAUCCUCCCCUCUCAGGUUCCACCCUCCCUGUUGAAGUACCCAGGGGGGAACGGAGCCCUGAACCCCCUGCUCGGACCCCAGCAGAUGGCCGUGCUCAACCAGCUGUCCCAGCUCAACCAGCUCUCCCAGCUCAACCAGAUCGGCCAGUUGCAGCGCUUCCUCCUGCAGCAACAACAGCAACAACAGCAGCAACAGCAGCAGCAGCAACAACAACAGCAACAACAGCAGCAGCAGCAGCAGCAGCAGCAGCAGAAAGCUCAGAGCCAGAGGAAUAUGUCCAUGGGACGGCAUGCUGAACAGACUCGUCCGAUUGGUUCAUCCCAGAUGAUGCAGCCCCCCCGCCACCUGGACCCUGUCCUGCUCAAACAGGCCGCGGCCCACAAGCCCUACCUGGACAACUACCUGACCCACAACGCCCCGGAGCUGCAGAAGGACUCGGUCGCCCUGGGCUCCUUAAGCAACUUCCCUUUAGCCUUGAACCCCAACCUGAAUGUAUCCCUGGACAUUGGUGGCACUGGAGGAGGGGGCUACAAGGAGCCCCCCCAGUCUAGGAUGAAGAAACUGUGGGCCACCGACCCUCUGGAGCAGAACAGCAAACCUGGUGCUAUGUCGUCUGGGCUGCGUCUGGAUGAAUCAUCCUUCUACGAUUUCCUGUCUUCUGGCCCCUCCCCACUGACUCCUCCCGGCCAAUCAAUGGGCUCGGUGGGCGACGGCUGGCCACCCCGUGCCAAUUCUCCCCCUCCCCACGGAAACACGGUCACCUGGCCCCCAGAGUUCCGGCCCGGGGAGCCCUGGAAAGGUUACCCCAACAUCGACCCUGAGACCGACCCCUACGUGACCCCCGGUAGUGUCAUCAACAACCUCUCCAUCAACACCGUCCGUGACACAGACCACCUCAGGGACAGGAACAACGGGCCAUCCUCAUCACUGAACACCACGAUGCCUUCUAACAGUGCCUGGUCCUCCAUUCGUGCCUCCAGCCAUAUCGGUUCCCUCACCAGUACAGCACAAAGCACUUCAGCCAGACCAGGCGAGUCCAAGUGGUCCCCAGGCGGCGGCGGCGGGGGCUCUGUGUCCAACUCUUCCCUGGCCCACGAGCUGUGGAAGGUCCCUCUGCCCUCCAAGGGUCUGUCGGUGGCGCCGCCCUCCCGGCCCCCGCCCGGCCUCACGGGGCAGAAGCCCGGCUCCGGCUCCUCGGCCUGGGACAGCUCGUCCCUGAGGCUCGGGGGCUGGGGCGCCAACGAGUCCAGGUUCACCCCCGGUUCCAGCUGGGGUGACGCUGGCGGCGGCGGCGGCGGCGGCAGCAGCUCAGGAAGAACUCAAUGGCUUGUCCUCAAGAAUCUCACUCCUCAGAUCGACGGUUCCACCCUGCGGACCCUGUGCAUGCAACACGGCCCCCUGAUCACAUUCCACCUCAACCUGCCCCACGGCAACGCCGUGGUCUGCUACAGCUCCAUGGACGAGGCCGCCAAGGCGCAGAAGAGCCUGCACAUGUGUGUUCUGGGGAACACUACGAUUCUGGCCGACUUCGGCAGUGAGGAGGAAAUCAGUCGUUUCUUUGCACAAGGGCAGUCUCUGGCCGCCCCCUCCUCGGGCUGGCAGACCAUCGGCUCGCCUCAGAGCAGAAUGGAUCAGUCCCACCCCUUCCCCAGCCGCUCUCUGGAGCCCAACCAAUGGAAUGGCAGUGACCUCCACAGCUCCACCCUCUGGGGCGGGCCCAACUAUUCCACUAGCCUAUGGGGCGCUCCGAGUGGCAACGAGGGCGGGAGGAUAAGCAGCCCUUCACCAAUCAGCUCCUUCCUCCCGGUGGAUCACCUGGCAGGGGGCGGGGACUCCAUGUGAGCUGCCUGUCAAUCACACAGGCGUUGGCUCGGGGUCAGUAAAGAAAUCCUAAGUAAUCACGCGUAGAAUUAUUUCUUUUUUUGAAAAUCUUAAAAAAAAAAAAAAAGGUAGUUAAAAAACAAUGGCACUAGUUGGACUCUCACUAACAAGAUAAUACAAACCAACAGGGCCUCCCCUGUGGAAAACAAAGUUACCUUUUCUCUCUCUCUGCACAUAUGUCCACUUUGUUUUAGCCCAAAAACAUAUCAGUCAGAAUACUUGAAUCAUGCAGGCCAAUUCUAUAAUGUGAACGGAUGGAUAUUCGCUUCCAGGUAGUGAGUGCUCUUUCAUACUGAAAAAAAAGCUUAAAUCGAUCGCAUUAUUAUGUUAUUUUUGUUUCACUCAUGUUUAUUGGAAUUCCAAUUAUUUUAUUUCAACGUUUCAUUCUUUUUUUUUCUUUUUUUUUUUGCAUUCGUUUGCUGACAAUGUUGGAGUAUGAGCUUUUUUUUUUUCUUUUUUUUUUUUAACUUUGCACUGAAUGUGUUAUUUUUCUCUCAGUAUAUAUAAUCUGCAAUAUAGAGGGAGCAGCCAGUUUUUCCAGUGUAGCUGUUUACUCAUUGAGGUCCUUACCGUGUGUGUAUACGUGUGUGUGCGCGGGUGCGUGACCAUGUACGUGUGCGUGUGCGUGGCCACACGCGUGUGUUCGCUCUCCUCUGCCUUGGCACGCCUACCUUACUGCGUUGUCGUGAUGAUCAACCGAUAGGUGAAAACGAAGUUUAAAAAAAAAAAAGCUGACGUAGGAGGGUUAUCUGAUAUUAAAAAGUGACAUUAAAAAGUAUUGCACCAAUUUUGUGUUUUAAAACUAAAGAACGUUGAGCUCUGCAGUGCACAGGACUGUAGCCGCGCUGGGAAUAGCAAGCCCUGCCUAGCCUAUUGUAUGGGGGCGGGGCCUUCCUAGCAAGCCCCGCCUAUCCUAUUGUACGUGGGUGGGGCCUUCCUAGCAAGCCCCGCCUAUCCUAUUGUACGUGGGUGGGGCCUUCCUAGCAAGCCCUGAGCAUCCUGUUGGAUGUGAGUGAGGACUUUCUAGCAAGCCCCCCUGGUGCCCCCUCUAGUGGGCAAGGAGGGGAACAGCACUUUCAGAAUAGGCUUUCAAUGUUGUUUUGGAGGUGCCACACUGCAACCUCUUGUUUACAAGACUUCGGAGGCAGAAGGUGUGUUCAUUCUUCCUUCAUUUUAAAAGAGAAAAAUGGAAUAAAAUAAGCAAAAAAUACAAAAAAAAGAAAAAAAAUACGAAAAACGUUCUACAAAAAAAAUAAAAUUACCAAAAAAUAGACAGAAAAAAACGAAUUUAAAACUGUUAUUGAGGAUGAAGACGAUGCUUUGUAAACUCUGGGAAUUCGGAUCAGUGUUUUUGGCCAUGGCGUUGGUUUUUUGAACUAUUCCUCUUUUUUUUUGUCUGCUAAAUAACCAGUGAUGGUUCUCAGGAAAUCAAGCCAGUUCCCCUGUCCCCUGUGUAGUUUAAUAAUAAUAAUAAGAAUAAACUACUACUCCUUGUAGGAAAGGAAAAUCCAACUUCUAGCACUGAAAACUACGUAUAGGUCUGUAAGUUUUGUCGUGUUUUUUUUUUCUUCUCUGCCAAAUAACUGCUUUAAAGCUGCAGAUGCUCGCCAUCCUGCUGUCCGCAACACGCUCCUUUCACCUCCCCCCCUUCCAUGUCCCCCCCCCCCCCCCCUCCCCUCUGAGCGUCUCCUUCCAUGUCCCCUCCCCUCUGAGCGUCUCCUUCCAUGUCCCCCCCCUCCCCUCGGAGCAGCUCCUUCCAUGUCUCCCCCCCUCCCCUCUGAGCGUCUCCUUCCUUGUCCCCCCCUCCCCUCAGAGCGUCUCCUUCCUUGUCCCUCCUUCCUUGUCCCGCUCCCUGAGGAGUGGCCGGCCCCGGCCCGCUGCUCGCUCUCUCGCCUGCCCUAGCUCUCGCUCAUGCCUUCUCUUGCUUCCAUGCUUUAUUUUCCUGCCCCCCCCGCGCCCCCGCCACUCGCCGACCCAACCAGAGGAAUCUGUGUGGCCUGUUUGUUUUCUGUCAGCGUGUGCAUGUGACCGAGUCACUGGCUCACUAUCAAGUGGGUGGUUUGUUCGUAAAUUCAGAGAAAAAAAAAAACCAAGAGAAGAGGCAAAACCUGUAUCUAUGCAUACUGUAACGCCUCUCGCAAAGCCCAGAGAGAGAGGCACUUUCCUUUCUUCUCUUUUUCGUUGUCUUUUCUCUUUCCACGUUUCACAAGUGUUUUUAAAAAUGUCUAAGUAUACAAUGCGAACCAUUAAUGACCUUCUUGUGAAUCGCUCUCACUGUCACAAAGUAAUGUGUUUGAGGAAAGCAAAGGUUGACAAAAAAAGAAAAAAAAAAGCUAUGAAAAAAGAAGAAAACACAGAAAAAAAAAAGGAAACCAAACAAAAUUAUUUAGUCUUGCUCUAUAUAUUUUUAACGGUGCAAAAGUCGUCCACAUUUCAUUGCCUUGAUUCUAAUUGUGUCCGAAGAUGCAACAAUAAGUCAAGUGGCUUUUACCUGUUUACAAAUAGAAUAUGAUUGUAUUGUUGUACACAUUUUUUUUCUCCUUAAGAGGGGUUGUGGAGGGGCAGCAUCUUAAACUAUUGAGCUGACUGAUCUCGUCUCUCAACUACAUACUGUGCUAGAGUAAGUGUAUGGGGUUGCUGCUCUGUACUCGAUUGUGUGAUUGUGUGUUUGUGCCUGUCUGUGUGGCAGGGAGGGGGACAAGAAAUCCAACACGAGUGAUACAAGUCAUACAACACAGACUUUACCUAGAACAGUGAUUGUUUAGUGGACAAAGAUGCACAAUAUUCUGGGGUGGGGACUGAGAAAUCAACAUUAGGCUAAGCCAUGGACCUUAAUUUUGCGAUCAUUUGAUUUUGCGAGUGUAUUUUCAAGCUGUUUUGUAGAUUUGAAAUCCCUCCCCUCCUUCCCGUAGUAGUUCUGAGUAGCUUGCGUUGUUUUUGUGUAUUUCAGUUUGAACCGUGAAUAUUCUAUUUAAGAAACCUUCCAAGGCAUAUGCAGUCAUGCGACGGGCCCUCUUGAGUAUUAGCCAGACUUGACCGUGGUGUGUGCCAGUAUUCAACCGCUCUUUACCAAAUAUAUAUAUAUAUAUAGAACUUAAUCAAUCAAAACUGAAAAGCAAAAGAUACGUUUACCUUUAAUUCCAGAUCUUGUUGCUGAACAAAUCUCUAUAUUCGUAUAUAUUGCUUGUGUUUUUGUUUUUUGUUUUGUGCGUGUUUGUUGGACAGAUUUACGAGGCAGAACUCCCCAACUAUUUUCAUCAUUCAUUAUUGCGAGUUAAACGAAGAAUCCUUGGGAUUUUGCACUUGUAGUGGAUUACAGGAGAUGGCUAACGGAAAGCUGUGUGUGAACAUGUUGGGGGUGGGACUUAUGCUAUUUACAACUAGUUAGAAGAAGCUGUACUUGAGAGUGAUUUUUCUGACAGGGUAACGCGUUUGUGUGACUGCCUGCGUCUUCGCUACGUGUCGGUAGGCUCGUUGGCAGUUCUCCAGGACUUUGUGUUUGUGUUUCUAAUGGCUGACAAUGGAAGAGGGUGGGGCCCCUUAAGCUUCAGGAGCCAGCCUUUAUAACCGGGCCCCUCCUCUGAGCCGGUCGCCUCCCCCUUUCCCCGGCAUCCAAUCAUCAUUCUCGUUGAAAUGACCCAAACAGUACCCGUGGUUUCUAAUUGCUUUUCAAAUGGUUGGUUUCUCAAAAUUGUUUUAUCCGAACUAUGUCGCUCGUCCCCAUCUUCUUAAGAGGGACAACAUUUUGGUGUGUAAUGCUAGUGUUUGGAGACUCUUGAAUUAACUGCGUAGUGUUCUCUAGAUCAGUCAAGUGUUAACAGUGAUUACCGUGAAGCCUGGGCUGCAGCUGGCCCCUAGUUUGAUGAGCGGGGAUCGCCCCAAUCACUGAGCUGGUGUUGGCCCCUUCAUUUAUUUAUUAGCCUUGGCAAUUAGUCGGGAAGGAACAAAGCCCCCCCCCCCCCCCCCAGAACAAGAACCAUCAUGUCUUUAAUGCUCCCUGUUGCAGUUGCUGCCGUCAUGUCGGCCAUCUUUAUAUCGUGUAUUGUUUUGUGUCGCUGUAGCGAUCCAACUGUGGUUCCAUACGGAUGGUCUCCAGGCCUAGUCUACCGCUGGUGCUGCAUACAACCGUGUGUGUGUGGGUGUGUGUGUGUGUUAGAUGGAGAGAGCUUGAACUCUGUCAUGCCAAAUCCAAUGGGGGGGGGUGUAGUAAAGAGAACUAGCAAGAAGUUAAAGAAAGGGAUUGAUUUUAAUGGUUGGUUCUUGUUUGGAUGUAAAUACUUUUGUUUGUGUGUCUGUGCGCUGAAGAUGCUGGAUAACGUUUAAAUGCUUGAAGACAAAAAGUCCUUGGCAAAAGGAAAAUGUGAGGAAAACCAGUUUUUCAGAUAAAUCGGGGGGGGGGGGGGGGGGGGGGGGGGGGGGGGUGUGACGAAACGCCACAAGCAAUGUACAAUCCCUCUGGGCUGCCUAGCCGCCCCUGGGGGGGGGCGACAAUACUACUUGUUCUAAUGUUGAAAUUCUCCUAUUUCCUUUAUCCUCAGAGCAGAUCUGACACAUAUUUCAGUAAGCUUUGUGCAGGCGCACACCGUCUUAUAAAGAAAGAAAAAAAAAAAAAACGUUUUAUUUGACUUAACAAAAAUGAUAAACUGUGAGUCUUGCCUGUCCUUCUCUCUCGUCAUUUUGCAGUUACACAUGAACACACACAAACCCUUAAAGCUUUAGUAUAACCAGCACAAAGACUUGGGGGGGGGGUGGGGGGGUUAUGCUCAGAGAGACUAUGCAGUGGAGUGUUACAAAAAAAUAAAAUCCCAGGCUUCCAUGUCCGCCCUGGGUUUUUAGUGUGUGCUUGAAAAAAAUCCUAUUUUAUACCAACGUACAGUUGAAUAAUUACCUUAAAACUGAAUCCUGUCGUGCCAUUGUUUGAGAAAAAUUCAUAUUGACAUUAAUAAUGGUAAUAACAUUGAGGGGUUGGGGCGGGGGACGUCAAAUCCAUGUAACCUAGCAACCAUCAGGCCAGUUGUAGCAGUAACGGCGAAAAGGUUACGAUUUGCAAAGUCCCACCCUCCCGCCUCCCCCCCCUCCCAGACUUGUCUCCUCAAUAACUGACUGAUGUGUGAAAUUGCACAUUUUCAUGACUACAUUGUUUUAUUUUAUAUAUAUCUACAUUAUAUAUAUAUAUAUAUAUAUAUAUAUACAUAUAUAUAUAUAUAUAUAUAUAUGCAAGCGAUAGAGAUUCCGCAAUCCAGUGUGUAUUCUGAUCACCUGUAAACCAGUUAUGCACAUUGCUUUGGGAGACUGUUUAAACUAUAUAUAUAUAUAUAUAUAUAUAUACACACGUAUGUAUUGAGACGAUUUACAAAGCGUACAAUGUCUAUAAUCGGGGAGAAGUUGCUCGCCUCUCGCUUACAAACGGAAAAUAAAUGGGGAGGGUGCAAAUUUUUUUUAAAAAGUCUUCCUCUGGUCAUCUUUUAAAAAAGGAAUUUAUCUUAAACUUUGGGGAGGGAAACUGCACUUUUCGAAGGACAAUCUUUCUUUGUAUGUGUAUAAACAAUUGACAAAAGAUACAAACCAUACGUCGCCUGAUAUUACAAGGUAUAGAAAAACAACUCCAUUGUGCUCUAAUUAUGAAUGUCUCCUCUGAUGCUGUUUCAUUUUAUCCUUUUUAAUUUUCCUUAUUUUGUUGCUUGGUUUGUUAAUUAUUUUUUUCUUUCUGGAUUUUAGUGCUCUUGAGAAAUCCGUACUAGGUUGUAGAGUAGUCGGUAUUAGGUCUUCUGUUGGCUGUACUCUGUAUACUGAUGAGUGUUGGUAAUCUCCUGGCCCCCAGUGGUCAGCAUACAAAGCUGUAUAACUUGGGUACAACCCUCAAUAAAGGACUAACUGUUGAGUGGC